AUGGCUCACCUACGCGCAUUGCUCAUCUUGGCCUGGAUCAUCCAUGCGACCACACCCCAGACUCACGACCUUCAGAACCCGCCGCAGGUGCCAGAGGUCAAGGACGAGUCAGGGAUCCGCGCGGACAAUAAAAGUGACGUCCACUUUAGGAAGAUAUCCGAUACAUCAAGCUACAAGGCCCAUGGAGAAUCGGACGUUGGCGCCAUUGGCCCGUACUACAAACUUGCAUACGGUAUCGCUAAGGCCUCCAUGGAGGGAGAGUUUCCACAUGAUUCACUUCGUAAAACACAACACGGAACUGACAAAUAUGAAGAGGAUUGGAAAAAGCUGCUAGACACAUACAUCGGCUUCUUCAUCACCGUGCUGUUCGGCGUGGUGCUAGUGAUCAUCUUCCCCAUCGUCUGCCUCGGCUGCUGCAUCUACAUCUACUGCUGCUGUUGCUGCAAGAAGCCGGAGCCCAAGUCACCACGAGAGGGCGUCUACAGGAAAAAGUGCUGCCUGUACGUCACGUUGAUUGUACUUGCCGUCUUGAUCCCUUUCGCCAUUGUGGGAAUCUGCCUCAUGUUCGCCUCCAACGAGCAUCUCAGGGAUUCCAUUCACGAACUUGGAACCAGCGACUUCGAGUUACUGGAUGACGUCACAACAUACAUCAGAUCAUCCGUUGACCAAGCUGAUCAGCUAGUCAACAAAGACUUCACAUUCUCAAGGACUGUGUUGAACCGGGUCCUACAGAAUAUCGGUGGUAUUCUCGGAGAAGAUGUCAAGCAAAAGGUCAUGGACAGGCUGCGAUUGCACAAAUUAUACGACGACGUUAUAAACUUGGAAAAUUCUUCCAACCUACUUAAUGGAGCGAUGGAAGACUUGGUAGCCAGUAGAGAGACAAUUAUAAGAGAAGCCACCAUUUUUCUGGCAGACCUAAAGCAUAUCCAGGCUGAGAUCAAUAGAAUCCAGGACCCACGAUUUCGUGAGGCUUGCCCCAACUACACCGUUACCUCAGACCGGUUCAAUCCCGCUGUAAUGCUGCCAGACGAAUCUGCAAAGAACAGAUACCUGAAUCGGGUGAUAUCUCGCGGUGUUUACGCAAUGACUUUAGAGCUCAUUGUCGAGUAUAAAUUGCUUGGGACCCCGAACUCGACGUGGCUGUCUGAUCAAAUCUACCCUGACAAAAAUAUUUUCCUGAAAUUGGUCGAUAUUAUCAGGUCCUGUAGUAAUGGUUCGACUGCCUACAAAGCUUUUAAAAUGAAGGAGGCCCACGUUUUUGGCCUGACCGAAAUCAAGGACUACGGGAAGAAUUCUAAUAUCGGGGAGAAUGGUGAUAAGUUUGACGCAAACUUUGGUAACAUUCAAAUCUCAACUGCUGAAAUGUUGGAAUUCGUCAAGAGUAUGAAAACCUUUGAUGAGAAGAUGCAGUACUCUGAGUACGAGGAAAUGCUUCCUGUUACACUGUUUUGGUCUGGUUUGUUACUGACUGUGAUCUGGCUCGUUGUAGGAAAUAUGAGCUCAAAAAGGAGCCAAUACACCGCCGCUAAAUGUUUCCUGCUAUGGACUUGUUUUGACUGUGCUUCCUCCGCAUGCAACAAAGUUAGUCAGUUCAUCGGACUGUGCAAAAAGCUCGAAGUGUGCCAAAACAAUGUUUGCACGGAAUUGCCUGAAGCGGAAGCCAACGGUUUGAAGAUGGACUCUGGCCCAAAUUAUCCGAGACUUUUGUGUUUCAUCCUAGCCUGUGUCAUGAUUAUCGUAAUAAUUUUUAGAAGACAAAUCUCAAGAUACCUAUGGCCAAGUCAAAAUGCUGCUGUGCAAGUCAAUGUAGCUCCAGCCCCCGUUCCGGCCCCACCAGUGAACGUUGCCGUCCCUCCCAUAAAUGUUGCUGCGCCAUUACAACGCCCACCUCAGCGUGCAGCCGCUGUCACGGCACAGCAGAAAAUUAACGACUACUACAAAGGGACAAGAAGACGACACCCAUGA